AGGUAUAGAUUGUGUUUACGCCUAACGUGAAACUUGUGCUGAUCGAACUACUUAAAUAGUAGGCUUGUGUACACAUGAGAGUGUGGUUAUUUUAAAAAAAAUCAGAUAUAUAUCACGUAUAUAUACGACUUGUGAUAUUUUUUUCAAGUGACCGUAAUGUCUAUAAACAAUGGGCAUUCGGUCCAUUGUAGCAUUUAGACUUCCAAGUGUUACCAUAAUACCACAUAUUGACUUGAAGGAUCUCUUUACAGUGCUAUCGGAAUAUCUCUAAGUAUACCUGUUGAAAGAAUACGUAUACAGAGGAAUACACAAAUGUUUUCCCAUGGGAUAGUCUAUGUAGAUCGAGUACGGAUUAAUAUACUGCCAACACAUUUUGAUAGACAGGAAAGUGCACUAUAGCACAGGAUAUAUCUGUUUCAAAGUAUACCAUAGGUCGAUCUACACGAAAAUAUUGUUUCAUGGGAUAAUAUCUCUCAACGUUUACAUACAUCGAGAGUGGAUUAAUAACUUUCCAAGGGUGGUCAUAUAGAUCUAGACAAACUGUGUGGAUAACGGUUUCACGAUAUAGUUGUUAUUAAGAACAAUACACGUUUCUGGUCACGAAAGAAUAACAAAUCUACUGACACAGAGCCAGUGACAUUAUAGAAACGUGCGUAUAUAAAGCGACGUUAUACGACCGAUACACAUCUGAAUUACCUGCUAGGAAGCUAUACACCACUGCUGUUAACUUGCCCAUACAGGUUUUUACCUAUACCUGCUGUAUAUAGGAAUACAUACAUUCUGUAUAUAUAAAGAAAGUGUAUAUUGACGCAAGAUCAAAUUAGCCAGUAAGCAGGAGGAUAUAUUCAUUCCACCCGUAUAUAUAUAUAUAUAUUGGCAGUAGCGUGGCUUUAUUAAGCAGGGUAUUAGGACCUGUGCACCUGCUGUUACUUGAUGGAUUUAGUAAACAGCCAGUCCUACAAAUACUUACACUGUCGACUUUAACUUCGUACUAAUCGUAUGAACGACGGAUCAACGGUUUGAGAACCGAAGUGAAAAAGGUCAACGUAUUGGAUUUAUUUAACUUUAAAGGGAUUGGUGUUCAUUGGUUUGUUAAACAGGUAAAUAUUACCGGCAUAUGAAUGUGUUGUACUCCAGGGAAUAUUUUUUAAUCUGUGAGUGUAGAAAAAGUCUACAAAAUGUCUGGUGAGGAGGAGGAUGUCCUUGGACCAUUGUCGAUGGUUUGGAAAGCUAGGUGUCCAAAUGAGGUUCCAAUUAAGACACUUAAAACAUGGCAGCCGAUCGAGGAAGACUUUGAUGAUGUUUUUCACAUGCAGACAUCGCUGACAACGGAACCAAGGUAUUUAGAUUAUAAAAGUGACGAAGGUUUCGAUCAUAGUAACAAUGAUGAUUCAUUUCUAAGUUAUAACACAGGUUUAACGGAUGAAAAAGACGAUGAAUCGUCUUCAAAGAGUGAAGAAAAUGGUGUUGAAUCUAACGAUAGUAACUAUUCAAGUGAGAUGGAUUUGAGUUAUGAUUCCGCGAUACCGAAUAAUCACGAUAGUGUUUCGGAUGUUCAUAAACUGUCUUUAAAUGAAGAGGAUAUCAUCAAAUCUGUAAAACACGAGGGAAAUUAUACAGAACGACCUUUGGCCUCUAUAACAGUUACAAGGCGGCAGAUUGUCCCAGUAAGACCACACAUUCGCACUCAGAGCUGUCCGAUUUCAGCGGAAAUAGAACAACAACAAAACCUUAGUUUUGAUUCGUCAAUGACGUCACACGGUAUGACAUCAUAUGACGAGACAACAGUGGAGGCUAUUAAACUCCGUGAUGUCACGCGUGCAGCAAGAUCGUUCUCACGACCUUUGGUGAGGGGGACGGCUGAGGAACACGAACCGGACGAAGAUGUGGAAUGCAAAACCUACAAAUUUAUAUCUGUGAAUGUGCCAAAACUUCCUCCGCCUCCUAACCCGGAGGAUGAUGAGGAAACCAUUAAACCCAAAAAUGAGUUCCAAGUACUGACGGACAUUACUGCGCUGACUAGAAAGGCUACCAGACCUAAGGUUAAAGAUUUGGACUUCAAGCCAAAGUCAAAUUUAAAACGAUCCAAAUCUGUCAUGCAGAUAUCAUCUCCAACUGUUCCUGCUUUGUCACCAAUAGGAGACAGAUCGCCUAUGUCAAGAAGUCGUAGUUCUUCCACUACCUCACCGCCCGAUUACAUGUCGUACGCGUUCACUUACCAGACUGACGAGGAUGCUUGCUUUAAAUGUGGUAAAACUGUUUACCAACUCGAUAAGGUAGGUCCGAUCAGAAAGGUUCUUUUCCACAAGCAGUGUUUUCGUUGUUGUACAUGUGGUUCUGCACUCACUGUCAAAAACUACUUCCAAAAUUUCAACGAUAAAAGUGACAAACAAGUCUACUGUAGGAAUCAUAAACCUAGCGAAGGUAAAGGGUCUGUUAGUCUAGAUGACAGGAGCAUCAGUGUCAUACUGAAUCACCCGAAACUGGACACUCAUAAUAAUACAAUAAUCAGAGGACCCGAAGAGGACAGACAUAAGCCGAAUCAUCACGGUUUCCGUGGAGCUGCCACUACGCCAAAGCUUGACGUCGUAUGUAAACAGUGGGAUGAGGUCAAUAAGAGCUUCAUGGAGAGAUUAGAGGAAACUUCGCCGCGAGGACGCAAUGAUGUCCUAAAGUUAAACCCGUCAGAGGCGCGGUCAGUGUGGUCAAGGUCGGCCAUGGGGGCUGCAUCCUUAGACUUCGGAACUCCAAACCCGCGUAGGAAUAUUCAUCAUUUCUACCAGAAAUCGAAGUCAAGUUCAACCUGGACAUAUAUGUGAUAGUGAUGUACUGCUUAGUUGAGUAGUUAAAUUUAGACAAUAUGCAAAUACUGAUGUAUAUCGUUAUUGUGAUACAAUACAUGAGUGAAUAAACGUUUCUAAGAAGAAUUAUCCAAAGGAUGAAGUGAAAAUGCGUAUGUGUCAGCACGGUAUGGGGAUUAUAAUAGUGGUAACAGCAAUGUGUUUAUUGCGUGGUUUUACUUUGAAAGUUCACUCCAAAGCGUUAAAAAGAAACUGAAUCUCUUUUUAAAAUUCAAGUCAUUAAGAUGUUUGAACGAUUACCCGCUGAAGGCUAUUACUGGAUCUGUGAUGUAUAGAUAUGUAAUUGUGAUAAGAAAAAUGUGAUAUUCACGAAAAUGAAAGCCUGGCGUAGGCUAUAUCUAACCGACAUCAGAAAUACCAUUUGGUCCGACAUGACAGUGUGACAAUAAACCAGACUUAACCGACAUCAGAAGUUUUAUUUAGUCGGAUACGACAGUAAAGCCAGAUGAAAGACAGAAAAUCCAACGUUUACGGCCUUUAUGAACAUAAAGGAUAGUUCAGUGUGUAAACUUAAUUAAGGAUUGGUAAACUGUGAUUAAAUACAACUGGCGAAUUGUGACCGUAAAAAUACAUUUAGGUAAUUACUGGAUUUCUCUAUACAUUCUGGUGUCUGUAAAGUCGGGAGUGUCGCAUUAUCUACAUUAUUACCUAAUUUCUUAAUUUUACAUGUGUCUUCAUUCCUAUUAAACGUUAUUAAAAUGUAUUUAUAUUUUGAGUAAGAGCAAUAUGAAUAUUAUUUCCCCAUAUACAUGAAUUUAAUUGGCCAGUGCUAAUCGUAACGACAAAUGAAAUGAGACUAACUGAAUAUUAACUUCAUUUAGUGUAACUUAAUAUAAAGAUAACUAUGCAAUUGAAUUUCUGAGUGUUGUCUGACAGAGAAACUAUAAUGUCGAGGUUAUCUUACUAACUUGUUACAAGGGUAGACAUGUUGAAAAGAGUGAUGUAAUCCUAGCCAAUAAUCUACUGUUUGAUCGGCGAUUGUUCAGUAAUAUAAGGGUUUUAAUAACUCUCUUUAAAGGUGCUUAUUAUUUGCUCAGAUUGGCUGAAAAGAUUGGUUUCCGAAGAAACCUUGAUUGGUUGGACGAGCUCCUCUGUUUUGUUACGCUUAGAUUUGUCACCUUAACAAUAGAAUACAACGUCAUAAUAUCAUAUCGAUUCUUUCCUUUUUCAAGCUAACUAAGCUUUGCCUUUAUGUCCUCAUUCAAUUACUGCCAGAAAUUACUGAUUUGAAAAUAAGAUACCAAAUUUCGUGUAGUGUGAUUGAAAUUUCUUAAACUAACUUUAAAGUACUUACCUAGUUAAAUACGAAUUUGAUUAUUAUUAAAUGAAAAACACCAACAAGAAAUAUAUAUGCAAGUAAAUUUAAAAAUAGACAAAUAUAAAAAUAGACCAAAAGUCUGAUGUACAAUCUGUAUAUUUUAAUGAAGAAAUUGUUUUCUUUAAGCUAUCUACUUAUCUAAUUUUUGUUUUUUUUACUUUAUAGACAGUUUUAACCAUGUUUAACACAGUUCUGGAAAUGGUAUACAUUAUGCAUGAAGAGUAAGCAUUGAUAUUGUUGUAAUCUUGCGUUAAAGCUUUUUGUAAUAUUGCUGUAACCUUCAAAUAACUAUGAUGUAUACGCCUCCUUCGAAAAUAUACUCAUUAGCAAUGUAUAGUAUAUGCCUUAUUAAUAUUUGUAUUGCUAAUUGUGUAUAAUGUUUACCAUUAACCAUUUUUGUUAUUCUUUCACAAAUAGAAAAAUAAUGCUAUAAUAUUGAACAUAAAAAACGUGUUUAUACGGAAUCACAAGCUAUCCUUUCUUAACGUUUAUACACAGAGAAACUAUUCUCCCAAAGAGAUUGUUUAUCUAUUUAUUUAUUUAUCUAUCUAUUUUUUUGCAAGUUAAAAAACAUGAUUUAUUUUCUCUCAGAUUUUUAUAUACAUAUUAAUUCAGUGGUCGCAGGUUUGGUAUAUUCUAUUAUAUAAGAAGCUUAACGAAAACAGCAUUUCAUGUUCUAGUACAUUACUUAUAGGAAAUAUACAGGUAAACAUGUAGAACGUUAUCGUUUUAAUAAGUAACAUUCCGUGGUAGUUACACAGCUCGAGUUUAACAAUUCAAAAUCAAUAAUCGCCAAUACUUAUAUGACUGGACACAUUCCUACAACCCCUCCUGUACGUUGUAUUACGUCAUUAAUUAUUUACCUAUAUACCUUUAAUCUGAAGAGCUCGGUAUCACUACAUAUGCGUUUGACACAACAAUAUACAUUUUUCUGCAAUAUUCGUUUACAGCCGCUCCCCGUUUAUCAAGCCAUUGCUCUUCUCCCGCUGUCUUCAAGCACUUUUGUGACCCCGAAGUUUUAUUCUACAGACUGUUUUGAUUGGGCAAAUGUAGCUGAUUUAUGAGACCCUAUACAAACCCUAUCUGUAGUUGCCUAACCUCGAAUAUACCGUUAUAUAACGACCAAUGUAAGCGUAUAUUGCUGAAUUCUGCUGUUUAAUAUUUAUAUAUAUAUAUAUACAUACCGUUGUAUGAAUAUUAA